GGGGGUCUCCUUCUGGAUAGCCUAGCAUGAUCAGACUGUUGUUGACACAGAGAGAAGCUAAUAACACCCAAACACAGCAAUAAUGAAGUUCGUUCGGUUUAUAAUGAAAAACGCCGCAUUGGCCAGCGUACCCAAGCAUAUUGAGCAUUUUUCCAAGUUUUCUCCAUCACCGUUGUCUAUGAAGCAGUUUAUCGAUUUCGGUUCCAUCAAUGCUUGUGAGAAAACUUCCUUCGUCUUUUUGAGGCAGGAACUCCCUGUAAGGCUCUCAAAUAUCAUGAAGGAAAUUAACCUUUUGCCUGACAAACUGCUCACAACGCCUUCGGUGCAAAUGGUGCAGAGAUGGUAUAUUCAGAGUUUAAUGGAAAUCCUUGAAUUUUUAGACCAGAAUCCAGAUGAUCACAAAGUUCUUGGAGACUUUGUUGAUGCCUUGGUCACCAUCAGAAACAGACACAACGACGUGGUGCCGACCAUGGCACAGGGUGUCUUAGAGUACAAAGAGGCCUUCCCCCAGGAUGUGGUCACAAAUCAGAACAUUCAGUACUUCUUGGAUCGCUUCUACAUGAGCCGCAUCUCCAUCCGAAUGCUUAUCAACCAGCACACUCUUGUUUUUGAUGGCACUACUAACCCUGUCCACCCAAACACCAUCGGAAGCAUCGACCCUCACUGCCACGUGGGAGACGUCGUCCAGGAUGCCUACAAUAGUGCCAAGAUGUUAUGUGACCAGUAUUACCUCUGCUCCCCUGACCUGAUAAUCCAGGAGAUGAACCACAAGAAUAAUCAUCCGAUAAACAUGGUGUAUGUGCCUUCUCACCUCUAUCACAUGCUGUUUGAGCUCUUCAAGAACGCAAUGAGAGCCACGAUUGAGACUCAUGAGAGCAGCAAUAACCUCCCUCCCAUCAAAGUCAUGGUGUCUCUCGGCAGCGAAGACAUGUCAAUCAAGGUGAGCGACAGGGGAGGCGGUGUCGCGUUUCGCAGGAUUGACAAGCUUUUCAGCUACAUGUACUCCACAGCUCCUGCUCCACAGAUCGGAAAGCACACGCAGCCACCACUGGCUGGCUUCGGUUAUGGUCUUCCCAUCUCUCGUCUCUAUGCCAAAUAUUUCCAGGGAGACCUGCAGCUUUACUCCAUGGAGGGCUUCGGCACAGACGCUGUCAUCUACUUGAAGGCGCUGUCCACAGACUCCAUUGAAAGGCUGCCGGUGUACAACAAAACCGCGCUGAAGAACUACAAAAUAAACCAAGAAGCCGAUGAUUGGUGUGUACCCAGUAAAGAGCCCCUAGAUCUGCGUAACUACAAGGUGGUUUAGUAAGAAAGCCCUCCGGGUGCAUACUAGUGCUUCAAGACUACAAUACCACAAAGCCUCCAGAGUAUGUCCCGAUGUUUCCAUGGCGUCAUCUGCACAGGCAGAUGAACGGACCUUUAAAAAAACUGACCAGAGCAUUUUCAGCCUGUUUUUUAGUUGUAGUGCGUUUUGUUUUCAGCAUCUGUCAUCCUUUUGGGUUUUAUCAUACUUCAGUAGACGGCUAUUAACAGGAUGCUUGACAGAAUCACCUUAGAUACGAGUGUUACCGAAAUAGCUUCAGCAUCAACAGGGAGUGUGUGAGUGUGUGGAGUCAGGCAGCUCAGAGUCAUGUGCAGGUAGGGAGAGACGGAGGCAGCACCCAGCUUGUUGUGGGUGUUAAAAAAAAAGAAACUCAGAAAAGGAAUGGAUUUAUGAUGAGUCGCAGCGGAGGUAGAAAAUCCAGCAGUUUUGAGUGGCAUGUGGAGGUGUUCACUAAACAGGGAAAGCCUGUUGUUCAGCCAUACCUUAUAGUAGCAAAUUCACCCAAAGGCGUGUUUUAUUAAAAUACUUGAACUAUUAAAAGUAAUGUUCGUACCUCGUUAAUUUUUCUUGUACUGUAAAGUUUAAGAUUUGAACAAAUGUAAGACUAUAAAGUUGUGUGUUUUUUUGUUUUUAAGGGGUUUAUUGCAUGGAUAUUUGUGCAAAACAUUGGAAAUCUCAGCCUUUAAAAAUGUUCUUAGCAUCAGUUUUCAGGACCAGGCUGAAUGUAAUCCUUCUGCUUUGGGCUUUUGUUUAUGUAAUAACCAGAAGGGCAAAGAGUACUGUAAAUGUGAAUGUAGGGCCCAAGUUCUUUAUUUAUCACAACCAGCCACAAGAGUAUUUUCCAGCCUUGUGUUGAGGCUAAAUGGUUUCAGAAAAAUUCAUCACAGGCAAGUUUUAUUAAGUCCCAAGUCCUCUACCAGUUUGUUAUUCAGUAAGGCCAGUCCUAGAGCUUUUUCCUAAACUGUGCCAA